AUGAAAUAGCACAUUGUUGAUAAGAAAUGUGAUUGCAUAAGCUGACGUUCCAUUCUUAUCACAGCUGACGUCUGUUUGUGUCUCUUCUCUAGAACUGUAACUUGUGGCAGUUUUGGAGUCGGAAGCGCACAAGACGUGAAAGAUUGAUUAAAUCGAAAAUGCUGCUGGGUGACAUCGUCAUCGAUCCGAUCAAUUUGUUAGCUAUCAACUGCUAAUUGAAGCUGAAAUUGAGCUGCACACAAAUACUAAAUAAAGCUGUCGAAAUCAGAGGCCCACAAACAGAGCAAAUUCAAUUCAGCCCCAGGCACAGUGGGCUGCAUGCACUUAUAUAUGGGCAUAUGUAUAUCAGUUGCCAUUGUUAUCAGCAGCAGCGAGUGCAGCAGAGAGAGAAUGAGAGAGAGAGAGCAGAGAGAGAGAGAGAGCAGACAUCGAGUUUUACGCUCUUGAAAUUUCCAUAUUUUCAUAUUUCACUCAAGAAAUUUUCAACGCUUGCAGCCCACCUAUUGCCGCCCUUCCUCUUCUCCCUCCCUGCCACUCUCCCUCCCCUUCUUCCACAAGCGGGCUGCAUUGUCGCCGCGUCCGUCGCCCGUCGGUGCUUUAUCAACGUUUUCAGAGUUUCGGUUUUUCGGAACCGAAAGGCAAACCGAGCAAACGGGCGAUCUGCGCUGUCUCGGCGAUCGCUUCAAUUCCCAGUCUGCGGUUGAAUUGAACGGGUCGGUUCCGGUGGUCGUUGCGAUCGGUUCCGUCGGUGGGCAAAACAAAGCACACAAAAAAAUAGAAGCAACAAAAAUUCGUGUUAAUUGAAAUACGACUGAAAUUUCUGUGUAACGAAAAUAUAUUUUUUGUGCAGUGUCUCAAUUCGAUCACAAAAAAUGGAAUUUAUCAAGCAUAUCGAACUGAUAUCUGAAUAAUUAAAAUGUGCUCUGCCGGACAAUGUGUUGAACUUAAGGAUAACGAACUUUAUAUGGAAAUAUCUAAAAUAUACUGGAUUACCUAAGAGCAUGGAGCUGCGUUGCCUGCUGCUGAAUAUUGUCUUCAUAUCCGUUGUGAAUGCGAUGCUGGCCUUUGGCUUUGCGCCCCAAGACGAGCGCAGGUGCUCGUACGGGCGCAUCGAGAAGCUCAUGCGCAUACGCUGCUACAACAUGGACCUCAAGGAGGUGCCCCAAAACCUAAAGACGUCCGUCGAGGUACUGGACUUAUCGUACAAUCGCAUUAGGAAGCUGAGAAGUGGCUCGUUCCAGAGGUAUACCGAUAUUAAGUUUUUAAUGCUCUAUGAGAACAUGAUCUUAUCGGUGGAGCCGGGCACAUUUGCACCGCUCACCGCACUGCAGGAAGUUGAUCUAUCGAAUAAUGGGCUCACCACGAUUCCCAUGGAGCUGUUCUCGCUGCCUAGGCUGCGCAAUCUCUACAUAGACAGCAAUGAUCUGAGGGAGCUGCAUCAAGAGCUCGAAACGCUAGAGAAGCCCAUUCGUGCGCCGCUGGAAUACCUGAAUGUGGCCAAUUGUGAGCUGCAUGAUAUUCCCGAUCUGGGAGUGUUGCCGAAUCUUUGGCAGCUGAACGCCUCGGCGAAUCCGUUGAGCUACUUUAACAUUGACAAACUGGCAAAUUUGUGCCAUCUGAAAGUCAUCGAUCUGACACGAACUCAAAUCAACGCCUGCGUCUGUCAGCAGGUGACCAAUCACCUCAUGACGAUGGGCGCCAAUCCGAAAUUCGUGCCCGUUUGCAUGGAGGCGCUAGACAGCGACUCGUGUCCACUGCCCUACAAUCGCACCGUGGACUCGCCGACAUUCCGCAGUUGUGUGGACAGCGCGGAGCUGGCCGAGACGCGCAGCCUCUGGCUUUUUGCCGCCGGCUGUUUUGGUGGCGUUAUUUUGGUGCUGCUGGUGUUCUGCUACUGCAUACACAGAUGGCGCAAAAAGCGCGCCAACCGACGCCUCAGCCAAUCGAUACAGAAUCGCAAACGCUUUGUGAUAUCGCCGCGAAACACAAUCAACAAUCGGCUGGAGGACGAGCCCCUGCACUGUGAUACUGCCUCAGCAUGACCAUAGACCUAAACACAAUUAAAUUAUAUUUUAUAUGUAUAGCGCCUAGUUCUAAGACCAGUUAUUUAUUAGCCUAGCUCCUAGUUCUAGUAUGUAUGCUUAGAAAAUCUACAGACUAUCUAUCGAAUGCCAUAUACCAACUACGAGUACCAAAAACUUUAGCUCAAGCUUUGAAUUGUUCGUUUCGUCGACUUAAAAAUUCUUCUACUUACGCAGACUUUGUGUUCAUCAUAUAUAUAUCUUUAUGAUAUUACACUCAACCUGAGCCAACCCUCCAAGAUAUGUAUGUGUUUACUAAGAUGACAAUUAUUUGAAGUAAAAAUGAUA